AUUUUAUUAGUGUACUUCAGUUUGAUCCUGAGUAAGAAAAUUUUGAAGUUAACAGUAUUAAGCAUUCUCAAAUCCUUCUGUAUCCUUACCUCUCAUUUCUGCUUAUUUGUAUGCAUACACAAGAAGAAGACUCUUCUGUAUUUUUCUCUCAGGGUUUGUAUGAAGUUGGAUUGGAAUCUGGUGUUUAUUGUUAUCAUUGCUUUGCAGCGCAUUUAAACCAUUUUCUGGAGCUUUAUUGUCAGCAGAGGUAUAGCUUUAUCAAAGCUUCUAUGAUUGUUGGUCUCCAGCUUGGCUACACUGUGAUUUUUGGGUUUUAUGCAUCUUUUCUCUUCAUGCGAACAGGGCAUCUCCUUGCUCCUAUAGUUGCUCAUAUAUUUUGUAAUAUGAUGGGAUUGCCUGUCUUGUCUGCACGGAAUAAAGGUUUAACAAGUGUUGCAUUUGUGGCUGGCGUGGCUGGUUUUUUAUGGUUUCUUUUCCCUGCCACCCAUCCGGAUUUGUAUAAUGACAGAACAGAUAGUUGCAGGUGUUGGCAUGGGUACUGUAGAUGGAACUGAAAUGGUGUGGAAUAUUCCUUAAUAUUAUGAUCUGGGUUUAUCUGUGUGGAUAUCAAAUGCUAUUAUUGUAUUUAAGUUCUUCACAAUGCUGUAGAAUUUGAUUGAUUCAAAUGCCAAGGAUUGCUGUGAGAUUUAGUAUAGAAA